UUCUUUAGUAUAAAUUUUUCAUCCGCGAGUGUAUUUCACGCAUGAUUAACAAGAACCAAAAAUACUCGGUUUUCUAGGCUCUUCAGACAUGAGGACAUAGUGUCUUUGCGUAAGAAUGUGGUUGAUGUCUGUUCUGUGCUUUUUACUCCCAGCUAGCGUUCUUGGUUCUCUGAGAGAACAAAUCUGUCCUAACGUGUGUCUGUGCUCAAUUCAACCAUGUCAGCUUCUAGAAAAGGAUGCCAAAACAGUAAACUGUGUGAAUUCUUCUCUUCUGCUAAUCCCCGAAAACAUUUCAACGGAUACGGAAGUGUUAGAAAUGAAGUACAACAUACUUGGUCAUUCUCACAGACUCAGUCUACUAAACCUGCUGUUUCUGCGUAGACUUCGACUGGUGGAUUUCAGUUUCAACCACAUCAGGAACUUUCGACAUCAUGGAAUCAUUCUAGACAGCGUACUUCAUCUAAAUCUUAGUAAUAAUUGUCUCAUUGUUCUUGAAACUGGCGUUUUUCAUGGGUUCCCCAACCUUGAAACCCUAGAUCUUAGCUCAAACCAAAUCAGUACAAUAGCACCAUUAUCAUUAGAAUUGCCAAAGUUGAAGACUUUAAACAUGGCGCACAAUCGAUUAUCGUCCUUGUUUGCUCAUUAUUUCGCAAUCCUGCGAUCUGUGGAAUCCCUGCUACUGUCUGAUAACCAUAUAACUCGCCUCUCAGAACCCGUACUCCACCAUCUGCGACCCGUCAAGAGGAUAGACCUAACAAAUAACAGAAUAACAAAACUCGAUUAUCCAGCUUUCCAGCAUAUUGAAGAGGUCCAGCAACUUUUGUUAUCUGGAAAUAAUUUAGUAUUGGUUCCCACCGAGGCUCUCAAGAAGGUACCCUCAAUAAAACUCCUUGAUCUCAGCCGAAAUCUGUUUCAUGAUCUUCCUUCAUUGUCGUUUGAUUCGAUCAAUGUUUCAGAAAUCAUCCUGAACGAAAACAAGAAUCUGUUUGUCAUUGGCAGGAAGGCCUUCUACAAUAUGAAUUCGUUAAAAACGAUCGAAAUUAUAGAUAAUAAACAAUUAUCAUAUAUUGAACCAGAAGCUUUUGAAAACCUCUUGUCACUGGAGAAAUUAGAUAUUUCAAAAAAUAACCUCCAAACUGUUCAUCAGGAUAUUUUUCACAAAAUACCAUUUAUUUCAACACUAAACCUACAAGGAAAUCCUCUAAGAUGUGCGUGUGAUAUCAGGUGGGUGCAAGAAAUCGUCCAGAAUUCCACCAGUGACGUCAUCUAUGACAACAUUACGUGUAUAGAUGAAAAUGAUAAAACAAGGUUCUUGGCUAUUCUCCAACCCUUUCCUUUGUCUUGUGGUCCUUACAUUUUACCACUUUUUCCUCUGCACUCAGACCAACUUCCAGCCUCAACGGUUUCCUUCGUUUGUGCUGCUACAGGAAUACCAAAACCAGAAGUGAUGUGGUUCAAGCAGGAUACAGGAAAUUUUACAUACAGCGAACACGAAGGUCGCCUAAAUAUUCACAAUGGAGUUUUAAGUAUCCACUAUCUUCACGUCGAAGACAGCGGAGUAUUCGUUUGUAUCGCGUCGAAUUCUCAAGGAAACACAAGUCGCAGCUUGGAAUUGGUAGUUGAGAAUGUAAACAUUCAAAUUACUCCUUUAACGAUAGCUUCGACCUUCAUAACUUUGUCGUGGAACAUGACUAACAAUUUCAACAGUGAUUACUUACUACAGUAUAGCCUCCUCGGUGAUGAGAAGGUAUUUAGUAAACCAAUUGCUAUGGGUGUGAAAAUCCAUUAUUUCACUCUCAGCGAUCUGGAGCCUGGGGAAACCUACAACAUUUGGUUAUGCUUACAAAAUGGCGGUUUUAUAAUUAGGCUUAGCUCAGUUCGUGUAACAACUAGAGAAGAAGGUUUUCUCUUCAUGCUUGGAAUCCAUACGAACUACCUUGGUAUCAUACUUGUCUCAGUUUGUGGUGGUAUCGUAGCUGCAUCGUGUGUCUGUAUGUGUACACUACGUUUCUGCAGGUGGCAGUGUAGGCAACACAACGAGAUGGUUCUAAGUGAAACGUCAUCACAACGUGGCUUUGCCAAAAGUGACUCUAGUCAAUCAGACCUUGCUUUUAUGACUUUUGUGAACAUGGCGGACGAAACAGGUUUAAUGGAGAAUGACGAAGAGAGUUAUGAGUGA